AUGGCCAUUCCUCGCACGGUGCCGUUCGCGGCAGCGGCUUGGCUGACGCUCUUCGCAUCAUCUCUAGUGUCCUCUCACGCACGGGACCUCUCCAACCACCGCCUUCCCACCACCAGGAGCUCCGAAGCCGUUGCGAAAUUUCCCGCAGUUCUCUCCUGGUUUUCCCCCGAAGACGCCGGACAUGACCGCGCGCGCGGCGAUAUCGGAGAUCCGACUUCGCACCGCAGCUCUCCCGCCAUCGCCGCUGCCGCCGAAGUCGAAAAGCCGGCGCGAUCCUCGGCGCGGUCCGCGAUAAGCGGCUACUAUGACGGACCGCGACUGUCGGGGGAAGCGGCGAUCCCAGAGUGGUUGGACCGGGACGCGCUGCGAGAUUUGGAGGAACUACUCAAGGAUGUGCUUGGUGGGCCGCUCGGAAGCGGCGACCAUAAACAUCACGAUGAUGAUGAUGAUAAUGAAGUUGAUGACGGCGGCGCGUUUGGAAUUGGUGACUGGGAUCUGCCAGCGGGGCCUAACAAUUGGAGCGACGAGAAGCAAAAUGGAGGUGGUGCGUCGCGGGGAGCGAAGGACGCGAGUGCGGCGUUCGGGAAUGGGGAGCGGGAAAGCGGCGCGGGGGCGACAACCGGCGGCGCUAGUACUAGCCGCAGCAGCAGCAGCAGCGCAGGCGACCGCGGUUCCAUCAUCCGCGGAAGCGAUUGCGGCAGCAGCGACUGUGGUGGUACGGAGAGAGUUCCGACGGGGAAGAGGCGAUCGCUGUUUGGAAAGCCGGUAGUGCCGAACCUGAUCGUGGCUCAAGACGGGUCGGGAAACGUCACUAACCUCCAGGACGCUGUGAGGAUUAUCAACAGUGAUAUGAGCAGGACAUGGUACAUAGUAUUGUUGAAGCCGGGGCGGUAUGUGGGCAACGUGGAGGUGGAGCGAGUGAACGUGGUGCUGCUAGGCAGCGGUGCAUGGCGGACAGUCAUCACAGGGAACCGCAGCAACGGCGCUGGCUUCGAUACAUGGGAUACCCCCUCCUUCGCUGCGGCGGGCAACAACUUUGUGACGAUGGGCAUUCGCUUUGAGAACACAGCACGGCCUCGCAUGGAGGCUGCAGUGGCGUUCCGAGCAACCGGGGACAGAACCAUUGCGUACCGCUGUGUCUUUUCUGGCUUCCAGGACACACUCAACGCGCAUCAAGGCCGGCAGUACUACCGCAACUGCGCCAUGUUUGGCCACGUGGACUUCAUAUACGGUCGCCACGGCGCCGCCGUCUUUGACCGCUGCCGCAUCGCCCCCAUCCCGCGCCCGGGGCAAACCAGCCCUGCCAUCAUCGCCACACACGGCGGAGAAUCGCUCUCAAAACGUGAAGGCGGGUUUGUCUUCUACCGCUGCAUGGUUUCAGGAGUCACUCCAGGCCGUCUGUAUAAAGGCUCUCGCUCGCGCGCACACCCUCUUCCCAUUCUCCACAUCUUUGCUUUGUCGCAAGAUUUCCCGCCCCUUCUUCCCCCGCGCGCCCCGCACCGUCCCCCGAACCAUUGCGCAGAGAUGGUUCUGGAGGACUUGGUGGGUGCGUGGGGCGACUUCACGGGUUCUGACACGUGGAAGGACGCGGACAAGAAGUGCGACCACUACGUGGGCAUCAAGUGCGCCGACAACGGCUAUGUCAUCAACAUGACGAUCGCGGACGCGGGCGCGUCGGGAGCCAUCGGCGUGCUGACGAAGCUGCAGAGCCUCAAGUACCUUGACCUCUCUGGUAACGACAUCACUGGGUCCGCCGCCUCGCUCUCCAAAAUCACUGCUCUCUCUUACAUAGACGUGUCGGGCAACAGCAACCUGAACACGGGGUUCUCAUCGCUCACCAACCUCAAGCAGCUCAAACACCUGGACAUCGCCGACACUGGCUACGAGGGCUCCAUCUCCACCUUCGUCUCCAAGCUCACAGACCUCACUCGCCUCGACAUGAGCUCCAACUUCCUCACCGGGUCCAUCCCCAACUACCUCAGCACUCUCAAGAAGCUCGUGUACCUCGGGCUGUCAGCCUCGGGGGAGGACGGGCUCAAGGGGACCCUGCCCUCCGGCCUGGGGAAGCUCACCCGCCUCAACGAGCUGUACCUGCAUCGCAACGGCCUGAGUGGGCCUGUGAGCGUGCUCAGCUCCCUCACCAAACUCAACCGCCUGCUGGUGGGUGACAACAAUUUCAACGGCUCCUUCCCGCAGGGCUUCUCCAAUCUCAAGAGCCUCAACUACCUGAGCAUGCGCUACAACGGAUUCGGAGGGCGUGUUCCCAACGUCAUCAGCACUCUUAAAAAGCUCACUUACCUAUCGCUGUACAACAACCAGUUCAAGGGUAUCAUUCCGCGCACCAUCACCUCUCUCACCAAGCUCAGCAACCUCCUUCUGCAGGACAACUUCUUUGAUGGCUACGUGCCCUCCUUCUCAUCCCUCAAGAAGCUCACCGAAGUGGACCUGAGUGCCAACUACUUCACCGGGCCUCCUCCCAGCUUCUACAAGGCCCCUACCACACUCAACCUCGACGACAACUACUUCUUUGGUUCUUCCCUGCCCAAAGACAAGAACGGUGACACUAUCUGCGCGGCGUCUCUCGCUAAGAACUGCCUCACCAUUCCUUCCUCAUACAGCUGCGGCACCAAGCCGUCGCAGAGGACUGCUGCUGCGUGCAGCAAGUUUUGCGGCACUUCCGGGAAUGUACAGUGCGGCGGCAUCCGCAUUGGCAUCUGCUACCCGUCGGAUAAGGUUGUGGAGACCAGCGGGAGUACUAUUGAUCCCCGAUGCCUUUGCGCCAAUGGGUGGACUGUGUCGGGCGAUAAGCAGAAGUGCACCAAAUGA